ACUGCUUAUAAUGCGGGAUCCAUACCAAGUUCUAUGAAUAUCAGUUGUCCAGUUAGUGGGCGCUACGUGAUAUACUACAACACAAGGGAGGGUAAUAUAUCUCAUAUCCCGACCUAUUCCUCGGAGGCGUACAUAGAACUCUGUGAGGUGGAGGUAUAUGGUUGCCCGGUUCUCGGUUACAAAGGUCAAUUUUGUAAUGAACCUUGUCCAGAAAACUGCCAACACUGUCACUUGUAUAGCGGGGAAUGUCUUGGAGCCUGCAACCCAGGCUUUUAUGGGAACCAAUGCAAAUUCUACAAUAGAAAAAACCUGGCACUUAAUAAACCAACAUACCAAUCGUCGACUUAUGAGCAUUCAACUCAAAGUGAAAACGCUGUUGACGGACUCAAAAGUGACUCCAGCACUGAUUCAGGCCACUGUUCGUACACCGCGUUGUUACAACCCUACGCUUUAUGGAGAGUAGAUUUAAUGCAGCAACGUUACAUCGAGAGGAUAACCCUCUACCCCAUGACUUCAAACCUUAAUUGGACUGAAAGUAACCCGAACACGGAGAAACUUCUUGGAUUCUCCUUGGUAGUUUCAAACACAACAGACCGUAACAAAGGUGUCGUCUGCUACAAAGACACGCACCAUACAAAAUGGACAAUACCGGCUUCGUUCGAUAUAAGGUGUCCUGUGAUUGGUCAAUAUGUUAUGUACUACAACGAACGACUCCCAGGAUCUACAUAUCCAGCAGGUUACAGCCAGCAUGCCCAGUUUGCUGUAUGUGAGAUCGAAGUUUAUGGUUGUCCGAUACCCGAGUUUACCGGCCUGAGUUGUAAUGUGCCUUGCUUGACGAUAUGCCGAAAUUAUCUGGAAAAUCUUGCCGUCUUAAAACCCACGUGGCAGUCUUCAACAAAAUCGCCUACUUCAGUGUCAGGCAAUGCGGUUGAUAACAAGAAGACUAUACGGACCGCUGAAGGAGGCCAGUGUACAUCAACUCUACCGUCGACUGAAGCCUCGUGGGGCGUCAAUCUGGGAGGAAUGCAUUGGAUAGAUCACAUUCUCAUCUAUUUUAGGACAGAUGACAAGCCUUGGGAUGAACACAACGAACUCCGAGGUAUGCCACUUGGCUUCUACUUAUACAUCUCAAACACUUCCAGCACACUUAACGCUGUUCUAUGUUUCCACGAACAUGCACACACAAUUCACACUCUUCCUGAUGUGAUGAAUGUAAGCUGCCCGUACUAUGGACAAUAUAUCAUCUAUCGUGUUGAACGGAAAGCAGGGGUUACCUAUCCUACAAGUUACUCCGAGCAUGCACUUGCAGACUUGUGUGAAGUGGAAGUUUACGGCUGUCCUGCCCCGGUCGUCGAAUUUCCGCAAUGCAGUCGUAAUUGUCCUGAAAACUGUGAACAGUGCUAUCCAGAAACAGGGGUCUGCAAAAAAUGUCAUGAAGGGUACAAAGGCAUGGCGUGUGAACUUGUGUGUCAUGCUGCUGCGACCAUAACAGUAUCCCCAAACUCUGCAGUUACUGGUACUAAUAACGGAGCCAUAUAUUCAGCCGGAGGGCUAACACUACCGUCUGACGGAGAGCUCCAUGUGGCGUCUAUCUAUCUUUCUUUGUCAGAACAGUCUUCAGAUUUGUCCUACUUGUAUAUGUCCAUUGUUAAUGCUGUAAAAUUCAGUGUGCUGUUUUUGUCGGACGAGACGGGGUAUACUGAGUUUGAUCGGGCGGUCGUAGGUCCUUUCCGUGAACGGUUCACUGCACGUGCUAAAUUCAACUCUAAAACUCACGCAAUCCGCGUAAAAGUUCAAUACAAACAGUCGUUAACCAUAUCCGAUCUGAAACUUCAUUUACGAACAUGUUAUCUAAAUACGACGAACAGCCAUGGGCUUAAUUAAGGAGAAAAUUGACAACAUAAUAUGGAGAACAGCAAUAAUAUUAUCUGGAAAUACGAUGUGAAGAACUAUUAAAACUA